AUGACACUGAUUGACAGGCACAUGGAGCUCUUAUCGAAUUCAUGCCACGAGAAAAUAUUGUUUACAAGAUUGUUGAAUACACUUCACAGUUAUUCGUCAAAACACGACACUUUUAACUUAUUAUUUAAAUUUACAUUGGCUUUAAGGGUUUGCUUAAAGAUUAGGUACCACAUUUUGUGACAAAUGUACACUUCAUUAUCACAGGUGCGAUUCAGAUAUAGCAGAAGGUUGGUGAAAUGAAAGAAACGACCUGUCGAUAAGACUAGGAAUCCGAGCCAAGAAAGAGGAGGAUUCGUAAUUCGCUGAUUAUGUAAUGAGUAACCACGAAAAAAAGCCUUUGCAACUGAAUAAAUCGACAGGAAUUUUUUUCCACAAGACAUUCUCCUCGCCGAGUGAACUUGCUUUGGUGAGAAAGGUAAAAGCGCUGGCGUGUCCUCGUCAGAUAUUUUCUAUUUAGCGUUAUACCAGGCAAGGUGACGUCCCAUCGUGCUGAUUAGAACUUGUUUAAAAAUAUUUAACAUAACCACACCGCGUCUUAGACCCAAUGUGAGAGGAAGGUCUAACACGCAUUGCCGAGACUAGAAAAAUCAAUUGGUUAAGACUUAUUCUUCAAGGUGUGUGAAGGAAUAGAAAAAAAUUGUUUUAUCCGAGACAAUGUAAUAAUGUGAAUUCCGAGUGGAUGGCAAAUUUUAAGACUUUAUUUCAUAUUCGUAGAUGCAGUAUGUGAUUGAAAAAACGUUAUACGUGAUUUAGAGUUACUGGAUAAUUUUACUGAAAGCGAUCACCAUGUGGGUUGUUCUCUUCAUCUGUGUCCUUUUGCAUUUCACGGAGUGCUAUUCGUAUGGUUCCAAGGAGGGAUAUCUUCAGGAUAUAGAUCCUGACUGGGCCUUGAUUAGCGGACGGAUUAACCAACCCAAAUGUAUAGACAUUCCGUCCAAUCUGACCUUAUGUCAAAAUAUCGGAUACAGUCAGAUGAGGCUACCGAAUCUUUUGGAUCAUGAUACCAUUAAUGAAGUCAUUCAACAGUCUAAGUCUUGGGUGUCCCUCUUGGGCGUGCAAUGUCACCCGGAUACCAAGCUGUUCUUGUGUUCCCUGUUUUCACCAGUUUGUUUGGACAGAAAAAUAUGGCCAUGUCGGAGUUUGUGUAAUGCCGUAAAGGCUGGAUGUGAGCAGACAAUGCUGUUUUACAACUAUAGCUGGCCAGAUAUGGUCAAAUGUGACAAAUUUCCAGAGGACUCGGACCUCUGCAUACAACUAUUACAUAACGUUACAUUGACUCACAACAUCUGCAGCGCUUGUAGACAACCUCAGACACUGGAGGGACUUGUUGACGGAUUCUGCCGUUCAACAUAUGUGGUUCGAGCUAAAAUUAAGCAGAUCAGGCAUGAUAAGGAAAAGAAAAUAUUGGUUUUACAAAAGAAAAAGAAAUUUUUGAAGAAAAUUGGACUGUCCAAGAGAGACAAGAGAUCGCUGAGUCCAUUCAUUCAAGGCGGACUUCACUGUGAGUGUGACCGCAUUAAUGUCACUUUAAACGAGAAUUACAUCAUCAUGGGAAAUUAUUCAGCACCAGGUGAGUUUACUGCUAUGUAUAUAGCGAAAUGGCGGAAGGACAGGGUAUUUCGCAAAGCUUUAAAGCUUAUGCGUAAACGAGAUAUUUGUUCGAAACCUUUGGAUAUAGGAGAAAACGCAAUAGGAUUUCCUGGAAUUUCAACCGGAGGGAAAGGAAACACAAAUAAAGGAAAAAAGAAGGGUAAAGGAAAGAAGGGGAAAGGGAAGAAAGGAAAGAAAGGGAAAAAGGGGAAAAAAGGGAAGGGAAAAGGGAAGAAAGGAAAGAAAGGAAAGAAAGGAAAAGGGAAGAAGGGGAAAGGACAGAAAAAUAAAAACAAGAAAAACAGAAAUAAGAAAGGCAGGAAAGGAGGCAAGGGAAAAAGGAACAAGAAAAGAGACAGGCAAACACUGUUAACCACAUUAGCUCCCUCAUCUUAGUUUUGAAGAGAAUAGAUCCGAUUUGACCCAGAAAAGUCUGUGAUAGUGGUGAUGAUUUGAAGUUUGACACAAGACUGUGCAAUCUAAAAUCGUUAUUUAUAGAUGGAUAGAAGUGUGAAGCACGUGAUUAUCUGGUUGUAAAUGGUUAUACAUGUAAAAACGCAAAGCAAUGUGAUAGAGGUGUACAUUAUUAACAAUUGGACUGUAAUAUUCAUUGUAUAUCAUGCAAAAUCUGCUUUUAUUGUUUACAUAAUUUUAAAUAUUUGCUACAGCGACUGUAUGAUGAUGAUAUAUGUAGUUAAGAAUUCCAUUUAUCAGUAUACCAUAUUUUCAUGUUAUUAUCUAUAAUUUCUCAUUACAACUUGUGUUUGAGUUAGUCUUCGACCGACAGUUUAGUGCAUUCUGCACGAGCGAAGGAUCGCAACAGAAUUAGUGCUAUAUAUAGAUAUCGUUUAUGCCUAAAAAUGUUCGGUCAUAAAUGUUAGACAUUUCUGGGUAGAUUUAGUACAUUUUUACCGUGUGUACUUCUGCAUUCUGUAAAAAUGGAAAGUAUUGCUCUUUCUACUUUUUGUCGCUUAGAAUAAAAGGGUACGGAUAUAUCAUACCUCGUGAUAUUCAGACCUGUAUUGUUUCAUGCAACAAAUAACAGCAAUAAUUGAUUAUUUUGCAUGUAAAAUAAUUUUUACUUUUAUUUCAGAAAUUGGCAGAUAUAGUCAUAUAAUUUGUACAUUACUUUGACAUUCAUUUUCACAAAUUUUCGAAUAAAUAAUGCCAUCUCCAU